AUGAAUAGACUGACAAUAGCUCUUUAUAAAGAUGAAUCAUCUCAUCAUCACCAGACAGCCGUAUCACAGAUUGAUUUACAAUCUCAUGGAGAAAAUUCUUUUUCUCAUACUACUGAAUCAUCAAAAAAGAAAUAUUCAUCGUCAACGAUCGUUCAUCAUCAUCCACAACAACAAAAAUAUAAUCGAAAAACAACUAGAGUAUACAAUCAACAACAGCCAAAACAUCAUAAUAAAUUGAAUUCAUCGAUAAAAUCUGCUGAACAAUGUCGAUCAUUGUUUAACCUUCUACCAUCAUUUCGACGUCAAGAUUCAAUAACAAAAACAAAUGACUGUAAUUCGGCUAUUCAUACAUCAUCAAUUUAUACAACCGGUGAUGAUUCUGGAUACAUGAGUCAAAGUGUUUUAAAUCGUACAUCUUCGUAUAGAUCAUGUCAUUCAGUAGAUGAAAUAGAAAAAUCGACAAUGUCAACAUCACCACCGGUUACACAAAUAGUAGAAAAUCAAAAAAUUUAUUCAAAACAAAAUGAUUCAAUAGAAAAUAUUCUACAUGGUCAUACAAAAAUGAAUCCGGCUAAUCUAAGAGUAUUAGUUCGAAAAAAUUUUGAACCAUUUUUACAAUCUCAAAAACAGAUACGCAUUAGAAAAGAUUCGUAUGUCACUGCCUUGUAUUCUCGUGGCCCAUGGCUAUGCAUAAAAACCGCAAAUGGUGAAAUCAGUUAUAUACCGCGAAUGAUAUGCUCAUUGUAUUCAAAUCGCUUAAGAAAUUCUUACACACGUAAUAAUCCAAAUUCUUUAAAUCAUUGUUCUUUGUCUUCAACACCAUCCACUAGGACUUCAUCAUUGACUUCGACAAUAUCAUCUAGAGGAAGAAUGCAUUUAACUACGGAUGAAUCGAGUGAUAAUGAUGUUCUUGAUUUAACAACCGUAUCGACAGAUAAAACUCAACAACAUAAUCAUCAGCGACAAACAAAUUACUGCCCAACAACAUCUUUAUCCUCAAUCUAUGGUGAUAUACGAUCAAAACAGUCUCAUCGUCAGAAAAUAGCAACUAUUUCAAAACGACAAUUAUUAAAUGAAAAUGGUUAUGAUAUGAUGAUCGGUAAUUGUGAUAUAAAUCGUCAUAUUUCGAGAAGUUCGUCGUUACUAAAUAAAUCCCAAUCACCAAAAACGAGCGUAUUAUCAAAUGGUGAAAAUUUUAUUAAUCGAAAUCAGCAAGAUAUCGACAAUGUUGAACGAUGUAAAAAUACAUGCAGUUUUUCAAAUAAACAAACGAAUACUCAUCGUUCAGCAAUCGCUUCAUCAUUAUUUUCGUUAAACUGCACCACCGUGCCUGUUACUGAAAACACACAACAACAAUAUCUAGUUAAAAAUUAUGAUAAACGCUGCGAGACAGCUGGAGCUCAGGAAAUUGAACAGAAAAAAUCUAAUCUAGAACUAAUUAAUGCACAGCAACAUCCAUCUCAGCUACCUAUACAACCACGUGAUACCGAUUCGUCAAGUACUCAAGAUUCAGGAUUUUCAGAGCCAUACUUUCUCGUAGAUAGAAGUAACUGUCAACAAUUCAAACACAACAAUUUGCCACAAUCAUCACCACAGAAUAUUAUCAACAACUAUGAUCUCCAACAACAACAGCAACAUACAACUCUUUAUGAUGCAUCGUCUAAAAAUUCAAAACCAAUCGGUUCUUUGAAUAUCGUACCGUGCACAUUUCCUUCUUCAAAUAAAAUAGAUCAUAAUAAUUCGUACCGUUUACGAAGAAGUAAACGUCAUACUUUAACCGAUACCGUUUCUUUAAACAAUCACUCUGAUAAAAGUACUGUCGUUAAUAAACGACAUUCUUUUGGUACAUUUCAGCUGAAGGAUAACGUCAAAUCUUCGAUUGAUGGUAAUGGUGAGCGUCAAUAUACACGUAAAUCAUCUGUCGAUUCUGUGCUCAAACCACAUGAAUCUGAAAUGACCCAUUUAAGAACCGUUAACAAUAAAUAUCUACAAGUUGCUCCUCGUUUAGAAAUAUACUCUAAUCAACAUCGUUUACCGGUAAAAAACGAUGCUUCAACACUUACACAAAGUUUAAAUCGUUUAGAAGACAUGAUUAACAAUUAUCCACAGGAUGGACAAAAAUCGGUACAUAGAAAUAAUCGUUCUAACGUAUGUUUAACAAUGCCAAAAAGUCAUGAUCAAAUACCAACAAAAAUAAUUCUUAAUCAUCAUCGACAACAAGCAACAAUUGAAAAAGUAAUUGCUAUAUCAAAACAUCGACAAUCGAAACCAACGGCAACUACGUUAUUAUCAUCUUCAUAUCAGUUUGGUAGUUCAUUUAGUGCAUUUCGGCCAGUUAAACCAAAACAGAAUAAACGUGCAUCAAGCGAAGGACACUCGCCCGUCGAUCACCAAUUAUCUCUUUCAUCGUCACUGUCUGCAACGAGUUCGACUUCUUCCUCGUUGGCAUUACUUAAAAAUACCGAUGAUGCAUCCGCUAUCAUCAAUAAAAAAUCAAGUUUAAUUCUAAAACGCGAUCCAAAACGCCGUUUGUCAUGCGAUGUUUCAUUAAAUAAUGAUGGUAAUAAUAAUAAUAGUAGUAGCCUGAAUAAAUCAUUGAUAGAUAAUAUUAGUUUAACACAGUCAACAUACGAUAAUAUUAUUUUGGAUAAGAAUAAUAAAUCAAGUUCCACAACGUUUGGGCCACGUCCAUUUAUUCGGACAAUGAGUGAUAUAUGUGAUCAAUUUAGCGAAUUAAACAUUGACGAAAUAGAAAAAGAUUCUCUAAAUCCAAUACCUACUUAUCGAACAAAAAAAUCAGAUCAGACUCAAUUAUUACUAAAAAUGAUGAUUAUGAAUAAAAAUAGAAUCAGCCAAGAAAAAACAUCGCACGUUCAACAAAAAAACGAUUUAAUCAAAAUAUUAAAAGACUACCGUAAUCCACGAUCAAGUUUCUCGGUUAAACGUGGUGAUUAUGUUUGUCUUCUUAAACAAGUGAGUAAAGCAUGUUUUCUUGUACGGAAACAUAAUGGACAAAUCGGCUUUUUACCAAAAGCCCUGAUGGAUAUAGAAACAACAACAAUCGAUGCAUUUUUACAAAUGCAUGGUUACAGAGAAACGGUCAUUUAA